AUGGCAGGUGGACCACAGACUGGGGAGAAACCUGGCGAUGCCCGCGAGGAGACGACAUUGAAUGAAAAAAUACCCGGUUGGCUUCAACCGCAUCGAGAGAUUGUUAAUGCGGCAGCACAAAAGGCAAACUUCCCAGCUGAUUUGAUUGGCGCUGUCAUCUUCCAAGAAUCAGGUGGAAAUCUUAAUGUUAUUUUAACGAUGAAUCCAAAUGGCGGUCAAGAUGAAGGCCUUAUGCAAGUUAAUCCAGAAACAGCAAAGGAACUAGAACAAAAAUAUCCUGAUCGAUUUCAAGGCUUGAGUGGUGCUGCUAAAAAUGUCAUGUUCGGUGCUAGUUAUCUCAAAGAUAUGUUUGAUUCAGUAGCCGAGCAUAAUUAUGGUGUUACUCUCCGAGCUUAUAAUUCAGGACCCAAUGGUGUAGACAAAAAUGACUUGCGUGCAUUGCCAGCUGGUACUGGUGAUAAAACCUAUGUGGAUAAAGUACUUCGGUGCUGGAGUGAUAUUUCACAAGGUCGUGAUCCUCCAGCUGAUCAUUAUGCGUCGGAAUUUCAUUAA